AUGGCUCGCUACAUCCUGCCGGACUGGGGCGACGCGACGGCCGCCCGGCUGAGCGCGGCGGGCGUAAGCGUCGUCUCAGCACUUGAACCAGGCCUGGCGCACGAAAUUGGGAAGGCGGAGCUCAAGGACCUCGCCGCUUGGCUCGAGAGAAUUUUGCUGCCGGCGGUGAAGUGA